CAUCUGUGGCAUUUAUAUUUCCUGUUUAUUCCAUAGUUAAAUUUAGUAGAGGGAUAAGAUCAUGUGGGUGAAAUUAUGUAUUUUUAGUCUUUCUGUCUUGGAAGUAUUUUCUUCAAACCAAUUACCUCCAGAUAUCAAGAAAUGUAGCUCGAAAGAUACAGCUUGUUUGAAGGUGGCCAUUGAAGAUUCUUUGCCUAAACUUGCCAACGGAAUCAAAGAACUUGGAGUUCCUGGUUUGGAUCCUAUCAGGAUACCCAACUUCUCUGUUAGUGCAGGCGCAGCUGUACAGUUGACUCAGAAUUAUAAAAAUAUAGAAUUCUUGGGUUUGAAGGCAACGAAACUUACUAGCUUGAGUGUGGAUCUUGAUAAGGGAAAAAUUUCAAUUGGAGCUAUUUGUCCUCAUAAUGAAUUUAAGGGUUCGUAUAAUAUAAAAGGCAGACUUCUACUCCUAGAAGUUUAUGGUGAAGGACCAUUUUCGGCGAAAUAUGAAAAAAUGAAGAUGAAAAUCGACAUGGACGUUGAGAAAUACAGCAAAAACGGGGAUACUUACCUCAAAGUCACAAAAUUCACGAUGGACGCUGAACCAGAACGUGCUUACUACCAAUUUGACAAUCUUUUUGACGGCAACAAGCUCCUGGGCGACAACAUUAAUAGGGUGUUGAACGACAAUUGGAAACAAUUAUUCGAUGACGUAAUAAAGGACUAUUUGGUAGUUGCUUCGCAGUACUUGAUGGCAUUGACGAAUAGGUUGUUCCAGAAAGUUCCUCUGAAAGAUAUCUUUCUUGAUUAGCACAUAAAUUGUGAAUUUAUCGAACGGAAAUAUAACAUGGAAGAAAAAAUUUUUUACUUCACCUAUAACACUCUUAGGAAUUAGA